CAGUUGGUAUAUAUUUUUAGGGUUUAUUAAUUUGUGUGUCUGGAUGGCGAAUCAGCUAUACGGCUACAACCCUAGCAGUUACGGAGGAGGAGCCAAUCUGUCCAGCGUGUAUUCUUCAAGGUCACUCACCGAUCCUUACCUGCCCACAGACUCUUCCUUGUCCCGAUACCUGAGUUCAAAUCCGUCCAGCUAUUCCGGCAUCAGUGGAUCCUCCAUGCUCUUCAAUCAAAGCGACUCCCUCCGGUACUCCACCGCCGACCUCGGUGGCGCUUACUCCGCAUCCGCAAGAGUUGGAACUCCUGCCACCGCAAGUGCUUCAUGGGCCACCGUUGAUGUUUCGGACCCUCUCGCUGGCAUCAAGCGCCCCUCCGAAGUAGCGCUCUAUCAUCAGACUCUUCUGGGUGCCCAUAACGCAAUUGGGCAAAGUGAAGGAUGGUAUUCUACCAACCCUUUAGUCAAACGCCCUAGAUUCGAGAGUGCAAGCAAUUUGCCUAUUUAUCCACAGAGGCCAGGAGAGAAGGACUGUGCCCAUUAUAUGCUCACAAGGACCUGUAAGUUUGGAGAUAGCUGCAAGUUUGACCAUCCUAUUUGGGUUCCAGAAGGGGGAAUCCCAGAUUGGAAAGAGGUUCCACUUAUUCCAAGUGAAAUCCUUCCAGAUAGACCAGGAGAGCCAGAUUGUCCUUACUUUCUGAAGACUCAAAGAUGCAAAUUUGGUCUUAGGUGCAAAUUUAACCAUCCGAAAGAUAAAAUUCUCUCUUUGGGUGCUUUGGAGAACGCUGAUGUAUCUGUUUUACCUGAGAGGCCAUCUGAGCCUCCUUGUGCGUUCUAUAUGAAGACCGGAAAUUGUAAAUUUGGUGCAACCUGCAGAUUCCAUCACCCAAAAGAUAUCCAAAUACCAGCAGCUGGGCAGGAAAAUGGCAAUAGCGUGCAGACUGAAUUAGCAGCUAAUAGUGAUGCUUAUGGUGUGAAGCAACUUUUUACCCCGGCAUUAUUACACAACACCAAAGGGCUUCCUGUGAGACCGGGUGAAGUGGACUGUCCAUUCUAUUUGAAAACUGGCAGCUGCAAGUAUGGGGCCACUUGCCGUUACAAUCAUCCAGAGAGAACCGAUGUUUUUGCAGUUUUCAAUCCGACUGCUGCUGCAAUAGGCCCUGCCUAUGUAGCCUCCCCUUCAGCUCAUUUGAACAUUGGAGUUGUUAAUCCGGCCUCUAUUCUGCAAACUAUUGACCCUAGGCUGACUCAGACUACGCUCGGACUAGGCCUAUCUAUCCUUCCUCAGCGACCUGGACAGAUUGAAUGCGAUUUUUAUAUGAAAACCGGGGAGUGUAAGUUCGGGGAAAGAUGCAAGUAUCAUCACCCUCUCGAUCGGUCAACACCGGCACUGGCAACAAAGGAAGCUCAACAACAAAAUAUUAAGCUCACUCCUGCAGGCCUACCUAGGAGAGAGGGUGCCAUCAUCUGCCCCUAUUAUCUAAAGACUGGCACAUGCAAGUAUGGCCCAACAUGCAAGUUUGAUCACCCACCUCCAGGAGAGGUUAUGGCUAUGGCAACCUCACAAGGAACGUCCAUGUCAAUUGAAGGGGAAGGGAAAGAGGAUGAGAAAGAAGAAGCUUAAAAUGUUUGCAAACAGCUAGCUGUGAGGUCAUAUCUGCAUGAAUUGUAAGGGUGUCUUGCUGCUGGCCUCUUUGCCUGGUUUGCCUUUUAACUGUAUUUCUAUAUAUUGACUUCUAUGAUAGAAGCUGUUUUUUGUCAAAUUGGAGCACGUGAUUUAUCCUCUUCAACUAUGAUAGUCCUCUUUUAAGUUUUGGGUAUUGUUGGAGAUUGUAGAUACUAUUAUGCUAUUUGAUUUUUUAUCGUCUUCGUGGCUUGUAUUGAAAGAUGUUGGUUUGGUUGAA